AGUCAGACAAAUCGAUUCCGGACUCGACUUAUUCCUUAUGAAGUUUUAAAUAAUGAUUAUGUAGGAAAGUGGACUGCUGAAGAAGAAGAAAAGUUAAUUAAUAUCAUUGUUAACCUUACCAAAGAAAAUGAUGCUGAUAUUUCCACGGAUUGGGGAAUUCCUUGGGAAGCGGUGGCCGAAAAAAUGGGGCAUAAGAGAACCUAUGGUCAAUGUUUAAGAAAAUGGAAAUAUAGUUUAAGGCUAAAGUAUGAGAUGGAACAUGGAAUAGUAGCCAAAUGGCGCAAACAUGAUAGCGCUAUACUUGUCCACAAAAUUUUGGAAUCUGAGGUGACCGAAGAACUCCACAUCGAUUGGGAUAGUUUGAUUGAUGAUAACUGGGGUCCUUGGUUCGACACCGGAGAUAUUGCUUCCGAGAUUUUGGACCGGUAUUCAAAAUCGUAUAAGUCACCCCUGAUUAUAUCAUCUGAUGACGAAGAAACAUACGAAGAAAGGCAAAACCAGAAUUCUGUAGUAAAUUCAUCAGAGGAUGAUAAUUCCGAGCUCGUAGUUGAUGUUCACGAAAAACGUAAAAAUUCAACUUCCUCUAACCAGAAGAAAAAAGAAUCGAAUUCAUCAGAUUCUAGUUCUUCACCUUUUGGUGAAUCUCGCAAUUCACUACUGAAAUCUGGUCAUUUGACUGGUAUAUCAAACAUAAAAUCUUCCUCUUCGGAGUCAUCAACAUCAUCAUCGGAUAGUUCGGACUCGUCCUCAAAGGAUUCAUCAUCGUCGGGGUCAUCUUCUGAUGAAUCUGAUGGUCACAUGGCAAAAAAACGAAAGCUGGAGAAAAAACGAAUAGAGUGUCCUUGUUGUCAUGAAGAAUUACCAAAUCCACUUCCACCGAAAAUUCAGGAGCAAUUUCUUCAAAUAUGUGAUUCUUCAUCUAAAAAGAAGGCUCUCGAUAUGAAAGAUAAAUUUUGUCGUUUGCAUAAUAGAGAACUCAAAAUCAUUCCACAAGGAAUUUCGAAAAGGUAUCCAAGAACGAUAAAUUAUGAUGAAUUAUCAAGUAGAGUUAGAAAAUACGAGAAAGAACUGAAAGAGAUCAUACAGGGUAAAAGGGAAAGUUGGUAUCGAGAGAAUGCGCUGGAGGUUUACAGGAAAAUUGGUAAACGGGCGAAAUCACCAAUGUACAUUAUGAAUAGAUUCGAAUCAUUGAGGCCUGGAUAUUAUGGUCCGAAAGGAUCGGAAGUAAUGAUGGAAACUUUGACGAAAAUGUUUGUGUCAAAAAAAAUACUUACUCCCGAAUUAGCAAAACCACAAAGCAUUGGUGAAUUCUUGCAAGAGGUUUUGGUUCCUGAAACUUGUACAAGACUAAUUCAAGAGGAUUACACUGAUCUGAUAAACAAAGGCAAGAUAACACUUGCUAAUUGUGUUGAUGAAGGAAAAGACGAAGAAAGGUUGAACGGAGGCAUUCAAAAAAAGAAACUGAACGUAGUUGGGGAAAACAAUAUUAUUACUUUGCAGCAUUCAAGAAGAAUUAUGAUGGAAAGCUCUGAAUACGGAGAAUGUGUGAAUGGUGCUGAAUGCGAGAUAAUGGAAGAAUAA